AUGAGGGCAUCGAUUCAGUGCUCGGAGGGGCGAUCAGGAAACUCCAAGCUUCUUGACACGGAAGAGGUUUGCCACCGCCGGGGCAAAGAGCUGGCAGAGGCUCGGAGGGCUGUUGCGAUCUUCCUCGAGAACAAUCGCUUCGACCCGAGCAAUACCAACUCAAAGCGUGGUUGGAUGGUGACUUAUCCGCUGCAUGAGGCUGUAAAGCAGAAAAAUGCUUAUAUCGUCUCCAAGCUCUUACUGUUCGGAGCAGACCUCAAGGCGAAGGAUAUUUGGGGCCGCACGGCAUGCGAUUAUGCAGGAGCGCAGCAAGACAUCAUGCGGAUCUUGCAGAAACACGCCGACUACUACCGGUCACCAGAUGUGCGACCUUCAGGGUACAAGUGGCAGUCUUGUCCUCCUCCACGGGGUUUUGAGGAGUUCUUUGCCAAGCUUGAAGCAGACCCAUUGGUCCAAGUCCCCAGCUGUGAAGCAGAAUGGUUGAAAAUCCGUGGGCCCAAAAAGCUUCGAGUCUGCGACUUUGGAGCAGACUGCUAA